CAACGUUUCAUAAAGCGGCUGCGAUCUGUCAUCAUGGUUUCAUAAACGAAAUAGAGAACACUGUAACACACUUGCACAUCCUUGUCUUACAGUGUCAGAAGAAAAGAGGAACUUCUGCUGCAUGUAUGUUAAUGAAGAACACACUUCCUCGUCAGUAUGAAGGGACUGUACUUUGUCGAGCCGAUCGUUGCGAUAUAUGCGUUUGCCAGUUUUAUGAUUUACCCUUUGGUGCAGCAGUAUGUGUAUCGCAGACUGUGGCUGGAGAUCACCAACUCAUCGUAUCCCGUGUCCGACAACACUUCCCGAUGUGCUAACACCAGCAGCAAUCAGACCAGCCAGCAAAAUGAGGUGCAGAAAGCAGCUUCUCUGUUUUCCAUGUACAGUGAUUUGUUUUCCAUGAUCCCCAGUCUCUUGAUGACUCUUCUCCUAGUGGCCUACAGUGAUCAGCGUGGGCGUAAGAUCACCAUUAUUAUGCCCCUCAUCGGGGGUCUGAUCUACACACUUUCCUUCCUGGCAGUCUCCUACUUUGAACUAAACCUCUACCUCCUAAUAGCUGCCUCCUUCGUGAGUGCCCUUUUUGGUGGUAUUGGCACCAUGCUGGGUGGCUGCUUCUCCUAUGUGGCCGAUUUGUGCGAGGACGGCAAGCAGAAAACUCUUCGCAUGGCCGUUGUGGACAUGGUGAUCGGCUUAUUGGCAGGCGUGGCAUCAAUCUCUACUGGCUACUUCCUGCGAGCUGCUGGAUUCAACUGGCCAUUCUUCACAUCAGCCAUGUUCCAGGUGGUUAACUUACUAUAUGCCAUCUUCAUUUUGGAAGAAACCAAGGUGAUUGACCAGUCAGAGACUGUGGCUUGUUGCCGGGUCCUGCAUAAACUUGUAUCAGGGAUCUAUAACCUGUUUGCUGGGGAAAACAGGAAAAGAAGUUGGAUUCUUGUGCUGAUGAUUGUAAUAUUUUCCACUCUUUCAUUUGCCAAUACUGGGGGUUUGUCCGUGAUCACUCUCUAUGAACUCAAUAAGCCGCUUUGCUGGAGUGAGAUACUUGUCGGCUAUGGCUCUGCGGCUUCCCUCACCGUCUUCCUCACCAGUUUUGUUGGUGUGUAUGUUUUCUCACGCUGUCUGUCUGACAUGGCCAUUGUAUUCAUCGGAAUGCUGUCAGUCGUUAUAGCCAUGGUGAUGGUAGCCUUCGCAAAGACUACAGUCAUGAUGUUCCUUGUGAGGAUUCCUUCAAUGUUUGCUGUCAUGCCGUUCCCCGUUCUGCGUUCAAUGAUGUCAAAGGUUGUCUCAAAGUCCGAGCAGGGAGUGCUUUUUGCCUGUGUGGCUUGUACUGAAAACCUGAGUACUAAUGUGGCCUCCACAGUUUUUAGCAGUAUCUAUGCGGCCACUGUAGCAUGGUGCUCUGGAUUUGUCUUUCUAUUGGGUGCUGGACUCUGCCUCAUUCCUAUGACUCUACUGGGCAUCCUAAGAUGUUUCCAUCCAGUGGAUUCUAAUGAGACUGAAGCACUCAUAUCAGAUGAUGGGACUGAAACCUCAGAUGAUGCACCUGUAGCUUAAAAAGCUAUAUAGGGAGUUCAUAUACCCCAGUCAUUCACCUCAAUUCCCCUGUGCGAGACUCUGAGUAGGUACAGUUCACACAGGAGAUAAACUGAGAACUGGAUGCAAAUGUGAACACGUGGCUACUCUCUUCAAGCCAAAGUUUUUGAGUAUUUUGAGUCACUGCCGUGAAGUGUGAGGUUUUUACUGAAAUUUAGUAUAUUCAGUAAAUAUGCAGUAUAGAAAUGGAUGAUUUAAGGAAGAACCACAGACACUGUGAUUAGGAAAUUAUAUUAAGUUAUAUUAGGGAAAUUUUGUAAAAGAGGAAAGACUAUAUAAAGUAAUAUUAAUCUUAGCAAAAAUGACCUGAAGUUUGGGCUACUGUGCAUUAAUUUUUUGUUUUGUAUAAACAUUUUGUAUUUUUGAAUACAUAUGCAUAACAUUUACAAAGCAUUUCACUUCAAAAGAACCACAAAAUCCUUUUAAUUUGUCACCUUAUUUUCAUCCUCAAAUUGUUGAAUUUCAAUUCUGUCACUAAGCUGUGACCUGCCAUUCCAGUUUUAUGGGCUUUUAUAAGAUUUGAAUGGACUGUUGUUUCCUGUCUGCCCUUAGCUUUUUUCACAAACUUUGUUUAAGUGAUCUGGAUCCGAUCAUAAAUUAUCGAUUUUAGAGGGCAGGCCAGUGCAGUCAAGUGCCUGCCUCACACUUGAACUCCUACACACUGAAACCCUCACAUAUUUGAGCAUACAUUAUAGGAAUACCUACUGAACUACUUCAAUAAACCAGUUCACCUUUUUCAUUCACACAAAUACACUCAAACAAACCCACCUGUCUGUUUACUUGUGUAUGACUUUGAUAUUUUGUUUGAAUAAAACUAGUAUCUGAA